AUGUCUGCGGCAACAAAGUCGAAAGUGAAGUUUAAAAUAACGCUGACUUCUGAUCCAAAUUUGCCAUUCAAAGUUCUGAACGUCCCCGAAGAAGCUCCCUUCACUGCUGUUCUCAAAUACGCCGCUGAGCAGUUCAAGGUCCCAGCCGCCACGUCAGCGAUUAUCACUAACGACGGUAUCGGAAUCAAUCCUUCGCAAUCAGCCGGAAACGUGUUCCUCAAGCAUGGCUCUGAUCUUCGCCUGAUCCCGAGAGAUCGCGUCGGCUCCUCUUGUUUCCUCUGA